UUAUGAUCACCACUAAUUACAGAUCAGAGCCAAGGCUGACAGAAUUAAAUAACUGAAGGACUUUCCUGGGUUCGACAAUUUUCAUGUCCUCUGAUUGUGGCCUGUGCCUUCCCUGUGGAACUUCGUACACCUGUCAAAGGGCAACAUUAGCGUUUAUCUGACUUCUGCUCCCGCAUUGAUUCCCGAUGAUGCUUUUGCUGCUGUAGCUACGGCAAUACGCUCAUCGUACCAGCUGUUUUCCGAUCGACAUCAGUUGACAUAAUCUGGAACGUAACAAGAUGAAUUGUAAAGACAAUGAAUUUUUAGUAAAUCCUAGAAACUGUACGACAAAAUAUAUAAUAUCGCUUGACAAUAUUGAUUUAAAUUUGAUGCCAAUGAAAAUAUAUGAAAACAAUAUUACAUCGUAUCAGGAAUAUGAUGAGGAAUUCCACUCAUUUGAAAUUUACACGGAAUACACUGGCAGUGCUUUUGACGAUAUAAAGACCAGCGUAUGCUACAUAUGUGCGGUAGAAGUGCCAAGAAUGUUCUAUCAGGAACAUUUAUCUAGCGCCAAACACAAGAUGUUCGCAUGUCUAGCUGCAAACACUAUGAAACGUCUUCAAUUGCAAGUCUUACAACCAAUGCCACAGGUGGAGCGAACCAUUAAUUCAAUUUACUACUGUGCGUCGUGCUCUAUCGCCGUGAAACGUUGUAAUCGUGACGAACACGAGCUCUCCACUCAACAUAUGAACUGUGUGAAAAAUGACGAAUUGUUGAAACAGCUAUCUGAUAUUAUGUACAUAGAAAGUGACAACGAUAAAAUGGGUAAGAAUAUACAUGACAGCCAACAUUUGAAUUGUAAAACAGAUUUGAAUGCAACAAUGACUGAUAUUUCAAAUUCGAAGAUUAACACACUAGAUUGUCCAAAACUGGAAACAGUUUUCACAGUGGAGCCACUUAACACUGCCGACAGGGAGCUGUACGAUGCUGACACACAAAGUGAGGACCUGGUUAUUAGAAUCACUGCCAAGGAUGUCGCUAAGGCUAUCAAGUCAAUUUCUAGAGGCAAAUCACCAGGUCACGACGGUCUCAGUAUCGAGCAUCUUCAGCAUGCCGGUCCACAUCUACCGCGUGUGUUGGCAAUGCUUUUCACCCUCUGCGUGGGGCAUUCGUAUUUGCCGGCCGGACUAAUGAGAACGGUUGUAGUCCCUAUAAUUAAAAACAAAACAGGAGACUCAUCUGAUAAAACUAACUACAGACCGAUCUCAUUGGCAACUGUGGUCGCCAAGGUGUUCGACGGUAUGCUGAAUGAACACCUCAAUAAGCUCAUCACGCCGCAUGACAAUUAG